AUGGCCACCACCCAGCCCAACCUCCUUAGCUUUCCCAACACAAAUACCCUGGCGGAGCAAUUGCGCCCGUACGUUCUCGCCAGCCAGAAUGCCGCUCUAAGCCGCCACGAUAGCUUCCGCAUCGCUGUCUCUGGAGGCUCUCUGCCCACCGUGCUCGCCCGUGCCCUGCUUACCCCCAGCAAUGGCACCCCCGAAGAUACCCCCCAGUUCUCCAAGUGGCACAUCUUUUUCGCCGAUGAGCGUGCUGUACCCCUCGACCACGAUGACAGCAACUACCGCCUCCUGCAGGAGGAGCUUCUGAGCAAGAUCCCCGCGGAGCUCGGAGCUCCGACCGUGUACCCCAUCGAUGCCGAAGCUGUUAAGAAAGAUGAUACCCAGGAACUGGCCGAUCUGUACCAAGAAGACUUGAUGCGGGUAUUUGCUGCCAAGAACAGUGUCAAACUGCCUAUCUUCGACCUGAUUCUUCUGGGUUGCGGCCCCGACGGCCACACCUGCAGUCUGUUCCCUGGUCAUGACCUCCUGCGCGAGAAGGAUGCCUGGGUCGCAGCUGAGAACAACUCGCCCAAGCCUCCUCCCAAGCGCAUUACCCUUACUCUUCCCGUUGUCACCUCUGCUGUUCAAAUCGCAUUCGUCGCUACUGGAGCCGGUAAGAAGGAUAUUAUGAAGGCUAUCUUCGAUAGCGAAGAGGGUCGCAGUCUCCCAUCAGCCCUGGUUAACCAAGGCGGUGGUGAUAAGGUGAGCUGGUUUACCGAUCACGCUGCCAUUGACGGGGUUGCUUUCCCUCGUCGCGGCAGCCUGUGA